UCUGCUUUGAUUCGUCAAGAGAAGGCGGAAGUGAAUCUGAGGAACGACGGUUUGUACGUCUCAGAGUACAGGGAGAUUUGUGUAUGGAGUCUGCCAUGGAGGUGGAGGCACUUCCUGAGGCAGUGGGUGCCCUGAGCGUCUCCGAACAGCACAGCGGCCCUGACAGGGGCCCCGGGGGCCAAGCGGCUCCCAAACAGGACGAGGACUGUUUCUAUGACUGCCAGGAGUCUCUGCAGGAAGAGGGCACUCCAGGCAACAGAGGGAGCCUGGCAGAGAAAGGGAUCAAGGACACGGACAAAAAGAGGAGGAGCAGUCGUGAGGAUGGAGAGGGAGAGAGGGGGGAGGGAGACCGGGAGGAAGAAGCCGAAGUUUUGGGAGCGACGUGUGCAGCUCAGGAGGAGGAAGAAGGGGGGGAGGGAAGAGGAGGGGAUGGGGAAGGAGAGAAGGAGAGCUGGACAGAGUGCAGCGAAGAGGGAGAGAGAGUGUCGGGGGAGGGCGGGAAAGAUGAUUCUGACUUGGAGCUGAAGGCAGAAGAGGUGGCUGAGUUUGAUGAUGAAUACCUCCGAGAUCUGGAGAAAGACUUGACCGAGGAGGAGAGAGAGAGCCGGAGAGAUGAGAGUAUGAAGCUGAAAGAGACGGGGAAUGCGCAGUUCAAGAAAGGAGAGCACGCUGAAUCAGAGGCGUCCUACACUGCAGCCCUCAGGGUGUGCCCUGUGUACUACAGCAAGGAGAGGUCCAUCCUGUUCUCCAACCGCGCUGCCGCUCGGCUGCACCUGGAUAAGAAGGAGGAGGCCAUAGCUGACUGCUCAAAAGCCAUAGAGCUGAACCCCAACUACAUCCGUGCGAUCCUACGAAGGGCGGAGCUCUAUGAGAAGACGGACAAGCUGGACGAAGCCCUGGAGGACUACAAGGCCGUGCUGGAGAAGGACCCCAGUGUUCAGCAGGCCAAGGCUGCAUGCAUGCGCCUGCCCCAGCAGAUCCAGGAGCGGAACGAGAAGCUGAAGGAGGAGAUGAUAGGCAAGCUGAAGGACUUGGGCAACAUGUUCCUGCGACCCUUCGGUCUCUCGACCUCCAACUUCCAGGUCAACCAGGACCCCAGCAGCGGAUCCUACUCCGUUAACUUUGUUCAGAAUCCCAACAACAACAACAGAUAGCUGAGGUUUCUGUCGCCACGGCAACCGUGUCUCUCGCAUUGCCAGCCCCGCCCCCAUGCCAAAGGACUGACAGAGAGACGUGGCCUCUUCUGCUGCUGUUGUAAGGGAGUGCUCUGGAACCGGAACC